UUGCUUUUUAGUCUGUGAAAAAAAAAAAAAUAGAUUGUGCAUGUCUCAAAAAAAUGAAAAUGGCGAUUGGUAAAUUUUUGUUCAGAGUUUGAAAGCACAAUCUCUCGGCAUUUAUUCAAAAAGUUAAAUAUUCGUUUGUGUGAAACUGUGAAUAAUCAUUAGGAAUGGGUGAUGCUUUGGUAGAACGAAGAUCCACCGCUCGGUUCUUUUGCCACAGGUGUAACAUAGAAUUUGAAGAUGUUUUGCAGGACUACACAUGUCCAUAUUGUGCCAGCGGUUUCAUUGAGCAGCUGGAGAAUGAAUCUGAGGUGCUGGCCCUCUCUGGGGAUGACUUCAGUGAUGCGGACAUGAGCAAUAUCGAUGAUAUGAGCAAUAUUGACGAUGUUAGCAACCUUGACGAUUUGGAUGACAUGCAUCAGAGCACUCCACCUAUGUUGAACGACUUGGCGUUUCUCAUGUCUGGCGGUCGACUACGUGGCGCGGGUCGGCGGGAGACGCUAAUGGAACAGCUGGUGUGGAUGAUCGGUGGAGCCCGGCCCGCCACCGGCGCCGUCACGGCCGGGGCUCCGUUCGUGCUGGUCGGCGCGCCGGGAGACUACGUGUUCGGCGGCGAGGGUUUAGACGCAGUAGUGACGCAACUAUUAGGCCAGCUUGAAAACGCGGGCCCGCCCCCGUUGCCGCGGGAACAAAUAGCGGCGCUGCCCAGCGAGGCGGUCACAGAGGAGCAAGCGGCGGCGAAUACGUCGUGUUCGGUUUGCUGGGAGAACUUUCAACUUGGUGAAACAGUGUCCCGGCUGGAAUGUGACCACAUAUUUCACUCGACGUGUAUAUCACCAUGGCUGCAACUCCACGCGACGUGUCCAAUAUGCCGGCGCUCGCUCUUGACUGAACCCCCCGCGUCUGAAGCACCGCCCCCCGCACCCCCUACCACUACCACCACCACGACCGCGCCGGCUACAGGAGAACAAGAACAGAGUACCCCGUCGUUUCCCCACGUUUUAUUGCGUCGGAUCCCCCACGGGCGCGGCGCCACGCAGACGUGGGACUCGGCCGACACCAGCAGUUCCUCGGCCUCCAUGUCCACGGCGUCUUCCGUCACCGCCGGAGGGGUCUGGGCACCACAGACCAGAUCCACCACAAAUUCUAGCACAACAACUAACUCGUCAACCUCCCUCAACUCGGAUAGAGAACGACAGUACAACAUGGACAUUGACUUCGAUUAACUUCUUAGUACUUUAUGCGCGCCUGGUACUCGUGUCGGUCCCGCGUCUCGGCAAUGGUUGUGUUGUGGACUGUGUCAGUAGUGUACGGACUUCGUGCGGCCGAUUGUUCAGUGGACUUCUCAAAAGUUAUUACCUCCUGGUAAAAGUGGCGUCGGCGUUGAGAAUAUUAGUCUUGUUUGUCUGUAUGUUGGAGUUUAUGUAUGAAUUGUCUCCAAUUUUACUAGACUGGUAUAGCUAGUAUUUAUUCAUUGAUAAAUUAUAUUAUUUUUGUAUAAAAACAAAAUGUUUAAUUUAUUUCUUAAUGUAUUUGUUUGGGCUUGAAACAAAUUUGCAUAAACAUUUCAUUUAAUUCAAUACUACUUGUAUUUUAUGAAAAUCUGUUGGAAAUCGUUUCUGCUUUUAUUAACUAAUUUAGUCAAAAUAAAGAUAAAAUGUUUUGUUCAUAAUCACUACUCGAUAGAUAUGAUAUAAUAUAAAAACUAGUGAGAAAUUACACGAAUGAAAUUAGAAUAAAUAACUAUAACGUCGCCAAAUUUUUGGUAUGUAUAUUAUUAAUUUAUAUCAUGUUUUGGCGUAAUGAAUUACCCUAAAAUAACGUACUAAAAAUUCAUAAAACGAAAGUAUAGAUUUUCAUGAAUGCAUUUAAAUUAAAACACAUUUGUUUCAAGGACAAACGAAAAGUGAGGUAUACUUAAAAAAAUAUUGUUAUGAAUACAACCAUUGUACGAGUGUUAAUAUGUAUAAAUAUAUAAUGAAGUUCUAGGGUAACAGUAUGUCAUAUAUAUGAACUGUUAAAAGUUGUGUGCCUUUAUUUGUAUCGCUGCAUAGAAUACACUUAUCAAAUAGUGUCAAAUCGAGGGCAAUGGUAGUCUGUUCGUCAUCCUGUUACAUAUGAAAUAUGUAUAAAAAUAAACACUUCCAUUAGAUGUAUGUGAAGCUAUGUUAUUGACUAGUAUAUGCAAAUGUAUAAAAAUAAAUUAAUUUAUUGAAAAAAAUAAGUGACUUAACUUAUUGAUGUACCAGAAUUUUCUUGUUUUUCAAAUCAUAGUUACAUAUAAUCAUAAAAUCAUUCACUAUGUAGGACUAGAAAGUAGUUUCUAUAUUACAAUAUAAUAUUUCUAAAUCACCAACUUCUUACUUUUAUACUAUCUAUUAUUUCACUAUGUAAUUGUCUAGACAAAGACAGCAUGAUUGCCGUGUGGCUCCCGGCCAAGAAUAGGGCAACUCCAUGUCUUCCUGUGGAUGUCGUAAGAGGCGACUAAAGGACACGUUUAAAUAUCUAAAUUCCAGGCUCCACCAUAGUAGCUAAAGAUAAUCACAUUAAAAUAAAUAGAAUAAUAGAGCAUGUAAGUUGAGGCGUUUUUGAAUGUAAAUGACUUCGCGAGAAGGAAAAGGAUAGCAGAUUCGACAUGUACAAAAGUAAAAAAGCGUGUAAAUAAAUUGUAUGACAAAAUAUUAAAAAAAUCCUCGCGAAUUAUAUUUACUAAUGUUAUAAAACAAAACCACCAUUGCCCUUUAUAUGUUUGACAGUUUACCAUAAUAGUUACGCAAGAUGGCGUAUAAGGAGAUUGGUUUUCAAAGGGACAGUGAAACAAUGCCCGAUUUUUUUAAUGUAUUGUAUAGCUACUUAUACUUUUUGCCACAUGGGCUGACGUGUGAUUUUUACGUUGAGUUUUGAUGUAAAUUUUGUAAAUAUAAAUCGUAACUUAGGCAUUUGUUUGCGAUUAAACAAUUUAUUAACAGUGAUCAUUUGUACGGUUAGACCACUUGUAGGGUACUUUGGUGUAUAUUUGUAGGCGAAAAAAGUUAAAUUUAUGUUUCCGGAAUACAUUGGCAGAUGGGAAAUAUUGUUUUUUUUUCUGCCACUUGAUAUGCGCUAGUGAAUUUAGGACAAAGAAAUAUUGUAGCAAUGUUAUAAAUGCCGAAUACUCGCCAAAAUGCAACGGUUCAGUGCUGCCCAGUUUUGAAAGAAUAAAUCCAUUUAUUCAUA